UUCAAACACCAGUCUAGUAGGCGGCAGAAGGCAGUAAGACACAGCCAGAGUGUUUGGGAGCGAAGUGUGUUCAGCUCAGAUCAGUUUUAGAGAGGGCGGAGGAGGGCUCGUCUCAUGAGGGCAUAACGUCAGUGUACGUGUGGGCUUCCUAUUUAUUUUUGCUUCAGAGUUGAUUUGUUUUAUAUCCAGACAAACCAAACCCUCCUUGAUUUGAGAUGUAGCCUUUAGCGGACUGUUCUUCCUCUACAAUAAAUGGACACCGCGGUGAAACCGGAGACUGGUGCCCCUCUCUCUCUCGUUCACGAGCGACAAGUGAGAUGAUGAACUGCUGAAAGUGGCGUUAAAGCUCCGGGACGCUGUUUGCGGUGUUUGCAGCGAUGCCUCCGCAGGGAGGAGGGGGAGAGUAUAAGCCCGUUCCCGGUACGGUCGUGCCGCCGGUUCCGCCGCGGAGGCUGAGGAGCAGGGACCUGUCCUCUGCGGUCAGAAGUCGCUUCGGGACGGCGGCGGAGCGCAGGGUGAAGUGCGUACUGGUCGGUGAUGGUGCAGUGGGUAAAACCAGUCUCAUUGUGAGCUACACUACUAACGGAUAUCCCACAGAGUAUGUCCCAACAGCGUUUGACAACUUUGCAGCGGUUGUAGCUGUGGAUGGCAAGCCUGUGAAACUUCAGCUUUGUGACACAGCCGGUCAGGAUGAGUUUGACAAGCUCCGUCCGCUGUGCUACACCAACGCUGACGUCUUCCUGCUCUGCUUCAGUGUGGUAAGUCCCUCCUCUUUCCAGAAUGUGAGGGAGAAGUGGGUGCCUGAGAUCCGCCGGCACUGCCCGCGGGCACCAAUCCUGCUGGUCGGCACUCAGUCUGACCUCCGGCAGGAUGUCAAAGUGCUCAUCCAGCUGGCCCAGUACAAGGAGCGACCAGUCGAGCCACAGGACGCCAGCAUGUGCGCUGAAGAAGUCCAGGCUGUGUCGUACAUGGAGUGUUCGGCGCUCACUCAGAAGAACCUGAAGGAGGUGUUUGACACGGCUAUAGUGGCCAGCAUCCAAUACUCGGACAGCCAGCAGCAGAAACGACUAAAGAAGAGAACGCCCGAUAAAAUGAGAAAGCUCUCUGAGUCCUGGUGGAAGAAAUACUGCUGUUUGGCUUGAAGCAAGAGUCUGAUUGUAUACUGUUUGACUGGAACUCUCUUUUACGGAUAGAAAGAGACUGCUUUAUGAGACCGUGUUCGUGGAUUAAGUGGAGCGCAGGUGGCUGUGAAAUGAAUUGGAUGGUUUGGAAAGAGUCUUAAAGACUCAAAGCUGUCGGCUACGUUUUGGAGUUGGGAAAGUCCCAGGUUAACCUCUAAUACUCAUGUGAACAAUUCAAGACGAGAGCCAUCUGUCUGUCUUUACCUUAUCUCAUGAUGAAGAGGGUUUCAAGUGGACUUAAGGGAUGCUUUUCUAUCAGGAGAUCUAUUUUAGUCUGCCAGAAUGUGCUUUUUUUUAAUUCAGGCACUGUGAAAAUCCAAACUAUUGGUUGGUUUAAGCAAAACCAUUGCAUUUUAUUGCCGUUUUAAAGCUUCUACUUACAAUACAUGAACAGGAUUACUUUCUUCUCGUCUUGGAGGAGUGAUUCAGAUUGAGAUACUCAAGUGCUCUGUCUUGUGUCUGUCCAAGCAUAAAGUGUGAUGUGGAGUACAAGCAGAUGUUUGGAUGGAAUAUCAACUUGACAUGGCUGACAUUUACCUUGUUGUCCUGCGAGGGUGAAUGAUUGUCCAUUACAGAGACAGCAGGCUGUUUUGUUUACAUUUGGAGUUAAGUCCAGACUCAAACACACUGUGAGGGGUCAGGGUCUCGCUUUGUAGGUCGGUUGGAUGUAUAUCUGGUCAUUGAACCCGGUGCUUCAUCAAAAACAAGAUGUUUUGAGUGAAGCGUUUCAGUGCUGGCAGGAGGAAUUUGGGUUCUUGGGGGUUAAUGGGAAUGUACACCAUUGUUCGAAAGUUUGGGGUUUGUAAGAUUUUGUAUGUAAUGCAAACUCUUAUGCUUAUCAAGGCAGCAUUUGACUAAGUUUAAUGAGCAGUAAUACUCAUAC